UGAACAACCACAUGAGAGUGAAGGAGUGCACCACUAAAGAUGAUGCAGUGUGUGGGUGUUUGAGCGGUUUCUACUGUACAGAGGAGAAGUGUGAACACUGCAGGCCAGCCACCCGCUGUGCUCUGGGUUCAGGGGUCACAGUUCAAGCUACUCACACAAACGACACAAUCUGUGCUCCGUGUGAAGACGAGACGUACAGCAACAAGUCAGAUUUCUCCGCCUGUCUCCCCCACACCAGAUGUGAGAACUUGGGAAGGGAAUAUAAAACCUUAGGAACCCUAAAAACUGAUGCUACCUGUGGCGACUUCAUAUCUCAUUGUCACUGGAUGUUACCUGCCGGUCUGUGGUCAGGACUCGUGUUGACCGCGCUCAUCCUGUUUGGUCUGGUGUGCUGGAGGGGAAAGCGAAAAUGUUACAAAGCAGAGAAAAAGGAAAAGGCAUUUUUGAAACCACCUUUCAAGACUACAGGAGGCGGCAAUAUAUCCAUUUCUCUGAUGGAGAUGUUUCCAGCAGCACCCUUCACUCAGCUGCAGCCUUUAGCGCAGAAUGGACACUGCCAGGAGACCUCAAAUGUACCACUGUUCAACCCAGGUGAGAAACGCCAAAUGCAUCCAC